AUGUCCCCAUCCCGCACACUACACCAUCAACAAGAUCUCCCCAACCCGUACACUACACCAUCAAUAAGAUGUCCCCAUACCGCACACUACACCAUCAACAAGAUCUCCCCAACCCGCACACUACACCAUCAACAAGAUGUCCCCAUCCCGCACACUACACCAUCAACAAGAUCUCCCCAACACGUACACUACACCAUCAAUAAGAUGUCCCCAUCCCGCACACUACACCAUCAACAAGAUCUUCCCAACCCGCACACUACACCAUCAACAAGAUCUCCCCAACCCGCACACUACACCAUCAACAAGAUCUCCCCAACCCGCACACUACACCAUCAACAAAAUGUCCCCAUCCCGCACACUACACCAUCAACAAGAUCUCCCCAACCCGCACACUACACCAUCAACAAGAUCUCCCCAACCCGCACACUACACCAUCAACAAGAUGUCCCCAUCCCGCACACUACACCAUCAACAAGAUCUCCCCAACCCGCACACUUCACCAUCAACAAGAUCUCCCCAACCCGCACACUACACCAUCAACAAGAUCUCCCCAACCCGCACACUACACCAUCAACAAAAUGUCCCCAUCCCGCACACUACACCAUCAACAAGAUCUCCCCAACCCGCACACUACACCAUCAACAAGAUCUCCCCAACCCGCACUCUACACCAUCAACAAGAUGUCCCCAUCCCGCACACUACACCAUCAACAAGAUCUCCCCAACACGUACACUACACCAUCAAUAA